AUCGGAGGCUGGGAAGACAAAGGAGGCUGCCUUUCUUUCCAUGGCGAUGCGAGGCAGCAGCUGCUGCUCCUGGACCAUCUCCAUCCUCACCUUCUUCUCCCAGGUAGUGCCUUCCUUUGCUGAGAGUCGCUGCACAGGCCAAGAGUGCGCUCAAUCGGGAACCAGCUGGACAAGUUUGUGGUACGUCUGGCUUUUCCUGCUGACCGUGUUUCUGUUGCUGAUGUGCGGCAUCGGCGCCAGCUGCGUCAAGUUCUGUUGCCGUACGAAGAGGCCCCCGGUACAGGCGUUUCCUCCCCAUGCACACGACCUCACCGUCAUCCCCAUGGACCAUGACAGUACGGCCCACAGCACCAUCACCUCCUACAGCUCUUUGCAGUAUCCUCAGAGCUUCCCACUGCCUUUGCCCUUUCGUCCGGCAGACCGGAGCAUGGGGAGCCCUCCAGCCUACAGCCUCUAUGCCAUAGAAAUGCCACCGUCCUACGACGAGGCUGUUAGGAUGGCCAAGCCUUACGUCGGGACUCUGUUUGCGGGCCAGAAAGUGGGUGGCCAUGCUCUCGAACCGGCAGCCACAGAGGAAGCAAAUGAACCCCAGGCAUUGCCUGAGUCAUCGCAUGGCGGCCCUGAGGAGGUACCAGAAAGACCAGAAGUCCUGGAUGCUUCUACGCAAGGGCAGCCACAGCCCUAGUAGCUCCACCGGCCAAUGCCUUGGUUGGAAAGAAAAUGGAGGAAAGAGAAGGUUGGCUGCAUAACUUGGCUAGACUCAAGAGGGAGAGAGUCCUACUUGUCUGACCCAUAGCGGCGAUCUGUUGCCUAAAAGGAAUGCCUCCUGUGGUUUGCGAUGACUUUCCAUUGGUGUUUCCAAUGUACCAAUGUACCAGGUUAAAAAUAAGACACUCUGUGCAUGGGAAAUAACUUGGUGUCAGUUGACUUUAGUAUGCAGUGUGAAAAGAGAUGCUGUGGAUUUACAUGACAAUCCACAGAUUGAAGUGAAGAAAAACACUUCAUGAAAACUGACUGUGGUGAUACGACUAGAAAUGGCUGACUGUCGGACCUAAGCUGGCACCAAAAGGAGAUGUUUUUUGUCUCGCCGAGGCAGAAAAGAGAGUACCACUUUUGUGUCUCCUUCUUCAGAGAAGAGUGAAGUGUCCAGCAAAGUGCUGAAGAAUUGGAUUCGUUGCUAUGUAACGUCUUAAGGCCAUUUUAAUCCUCCUUGUUGUAUCUAUUGAUGACUGAGUGUGUGUGUGUGUAGUGUUGGUGGUGUGAUACUCAUCGAAAGACCAAAUUGUGUUUGCAAACAGCUCCUCUCCAAAUCAGAUGUUUCCCAUUGCUAGUUUUUCUUGUUCCCUUCAAAAAAGAAAUGGCUGCACCACACUUGAAAUGUAAAUAUAUAUAUGUGUGUGUGUGUGUGUGUCUGAAUAUAAACACAUUGACUCUUGAUUUUGGGCAUUAACAUGACUACAACUGAAAGGCAUUUUUAACCCUUUAAGGUUCAUGAAUGGGGUUUGGUAUAAGAUUGGAUUUAGCAGGUUGUGUAAAUGACACAGUGCUAUGCUGACUCUGGCUUGGAAGCCCAGGGCUCUACAACCAAGUGGUUAAACCGAGUGUCUAAUUAAUUCAUACAAAAACAUGCAGUUAACCAAGAAAGAGCUAUGACACAUGUGCAAACCCACCCAUAAGGAGCAAGUGAUGUUUCCAAAACAUGUGCAUAGCACUUGCCCUUUAUGUUUUAUUCUUUUGUUAUAUCAGCAGCACAUGUUCAAGAUGUUUCGGAACCUGGCUCGGAACGUUUUGCACAUGUUUAACAUAACUUGAAAUCGCUGGGAUCUUGUAGCAUUUUCCAUGCCUGAGCCAACUGUUUUUUCAAUGUGGCUCUACCUCCUUUUAGCCUUAGGGUCACAUUGUGACUUCCCUCUUCACAAAUACAAACCAUUAUGCAAUCCUAAGAUUGCUAUCUGGGCAGUUCUUUCAGUGUAGUCCUUAGCAAUGAGUGGGGAAUUGGACUGACUUGAGCGAUGGAAGAGUGUGUGCACAUGCCACCCAUUGCGCAGUUGCUUUUCUAACAGUGCAGUUGGCCAGCCAUGGGUUGUAAAACAGCAUGGUACUGAGUUUACAGUCUAAUACAUCUCAGCUUUGUAUUUCUUUUCUUUAUGUGGCCAUAACAAGCGGUAACAAGAGAAAGAGAAUUACAGUAUGAUAGAACUAGAUUCUGUGAGCCAGUGCGCCAUAGUGGUUUGCGCAGUGGGCUAUGGAGAUCAGGGUUCGAUUCCACCACACUUGGCCAUAGAAACCUACUUGGCUGACCUUCAGUGAGUUGCACAC